UAACGGUCGUUAAAGUGUUUGCAAAAAUCAAUAUGUGGCUUAUUAUUGUUUUUAUUUUGAUAGUGUGUGCUUUAAUAUGGGAUUAUUUAUUGAAAAGAAGACGUUAUCGGAUUUUAAAAAUGUCUGGCAUAGCGGGUCCUUCCUAUACAUUGCCUUUAAUAGGAGAUGUUAUAGAGACCAUAGGAAAUGAUACUUUAAAUGUCUUCGCCCUUUUCGAACGCCUCGGCAACCAGUUCGGUAAAGUAUUUCGUUUAUGGCUAUUUCAACGUCUGGGACUAGUGGUCAAGGAUCCCAAAUACUUUGAAGUUAUACUAAGCAGUCAGCAUCUCAUUAAAAAGCCAUUUAUAUACGACAUGCUGUCGUGUUGGUUGGGUGAUGGUCUGCUACUAAGCUAUGGUGCCAAAUGGCAUGCACGCCGUAAAAUUCUAACACCCACAUAUCAUUUUAAGAUUUUGGAAGAAUUUGUUGAAGUUUUCGAUCGACAAAGUAGAGUCUUAGUUCGGAAAUUGGCAGCGAAAGCAGAUGGCAAGUCGGCAUUUAAUAUUUUUCCCAUAGUUUGUCUAACGGCCUUGGAUAUUAUAGCGGAAACGGCAAUGGGCGUUAAAAUAAAUGCCCAGGAGAAUCCUGACUUUCCAUAUGCGAGAGCGGUAAAAGAUGCCACCGAUAUCCUUGCAACGCGUGCCGUGAGACCUGUACUUUACUUUGACAUAAGCUUUCUAUUGACCGAAUUUCCUUCUUAUCUCAAACUAAGGAAAAGUAUAAAAAUCAUGCAUGAUUUCACCAACAAAGUCAUAAAUGAUCGUAGAGCUGCAAUGGACUCUCAGAAACACACAACUGAAACACAAAAUAAUUUGGCCGAAGGCCAGAAGAAACGUAUGGCAUUUCUCGAUGUUCUGCUGGAGGCCAACAUAGAUGGCAAGCCUUUGUCCCAAGAGGAUAUACGUGAAGAAGUUGAUACUUUUAUGUUUGAGGGUCAUGACACCACUACUAGUGGCAUAUGUUUCUGUUUAUAUCUGCUGUCACGUCAUGCCUCAAUACAGCAAAGAGUAUUUGAGGAAAUUUUAGAGGUUUUGGGUCCCGACAAAGAUAAACCCAUUACAAUGAGAGAUUUACAAAAUUUAAAAUAUUUAGAGGCUGUUAUUAAGGAAAGUUUGAGAAUGUAUCCAUCGGUGCCCAUUAUAGCGCGAGAAAGUUUGCAGGAUAUUCAAAUAGGCAAACAAACCAUACCUGCUAAUACCAACAUUAUUAUGCUGUUUUAUGCUGCCGGUCGUGAUAACGAUUACUUUCCUCAGGCUAAUGAUUUUAAUCCAGAACGUUUUUACAGUGAAUCUCCCGAUAAUAUCAAUCCCUUUGCCUAUGUACCCUUCUCGGCUGGACCGCGUAAUUGCAUUGGCCAGAAAUUUGCCAUGCUUGAAAUGAAGAGUACCAUUAGUCGUGUUCUGCGAUAUUUUGAACUUUUGCCUUUGGGUGACGAAGUUAUACCAGUAUUAAGUUUAAUUUUACGUUCUGUUAAUGGCACACAAUUGGGAUUAAGACCUCGUAAAUAUUGAAAAGAAACCAGAUUGAUUUUGUAAAUAUAGUCGUAGUAUAUUACGAUUUUUAAUGUGACAGGC